AUGCCCAUUAAACAGCAGCAGCAGCAGCAACAGCAACAGCAGCAGCAGCAACAGCAACAGCAGCAGCAGCAGCAGCAACAGCAACAGCAGCAGCAGCAACAGCAACAGCAGCAGCAGCAACAGCAACAGCAGCAAGGUAAAGCUCAGAUGCAAGAAGCACUUCAAGCAGAAGUCAGCAGCAAAACAAAAAAUGCGGUGUCUGAAGAGAAGGAGGCCUCAGCGGGCCCCCACAGCUAG